CAUUAGGAGAGUUUUACUGUUGCCUAAUUAUCCGGGCGUUACAACAGUGUUCCCUAUAAAAACAGAACUAACUAAAGAGUUAUUUUUCUGUCUUGAAAGUUACAUGUAAUUAAUUAAGAGUACCAAUCAAAAGAGUGUGUCCCUCGUCAUUGUCAAUGUUUCAAACAUAAUAUUCAAAUGUUGCACAAGGCAUUAAAAUGAUGCCACCUGCAUGUAAUUAUCUAGCUUGAUUACAGCUAGUCUUAGUUUGAUUUGACCCGGAAAUUGGUGGAACUACAUACCAAUAUACAAUUAAUUGGCCUUCCAAAUUCUGAAGGAACACGAUUUUAAAACCAGGAUAGGUCCAAAAGGAAAGUGCUAUUCGAAAAUUUAGAGAUAGGAUGGAGGUGAUGUGGAUCUUGAAGAGAAAAUACUUACUGUACUUAUUUGCUGAAGAUUUUUUUUUGGAAAAGGGGUGUAACCCCGGUCUCUGCAUCAGAACGAUGCAUACGGCCACACUUAUUUGUUGAAGAUAAAAAUUGGUGAACAAAAAUUGUAAUCGUCUAACUUUUCUUUCAGCAGGCACAGAGGCUUGUUUAAAUAAAAUGAUGGGACUGAACGCGAGGUCAAGCACCAACCAGGAUAUAACUCAAAUGCUCCAGGAAGUAGAAUGCCAUAUCAAUUCAUGGCCUCGGAUUCCAAAUUCGAAACAAAUCUAAAUAAGAGCAUGCACGUAUAUAUAGUCAUCUAUUUCUAUCUAUCUAUCAAAGAGGCAGCAAGCAGCAGCUAGCGCAUACUUUGCGAACAAAAACUAGGAUGCCUCGAAAGUUCCAGAAAUCAAACCAGAAUACUAAUUUCGACAGCAAGCAGCAGCUAGCGCAUACCCACUUGCUUAAUUGAGAAAGAAAGGAAUCUAGGUACGUGAUCUCCAUGACUAAACAUCAGACAACUUCAAAGAGAUCGUGUCCUCCCCUAACCUAUACUAUAAAUAGGAUAGACAUAAGCCCAUUGCUUCUCACACCUCUCAUAUAUAGCUCAAGCACCAAGAGUAGCAAUUAUCUAGCUAGCUUGCUAGGUAUCGAUGGGGCACACAAAGGCAGCAGUGCUAGUGGUGGUGCUUGCCAUCGCCGUGCUUGGGCUUGCCACCGAUAGCCAGGCGCAGCUGCAGAACGGGUUCUACACGGGCAAGUGCCGCGGCAACGACGUGGAGGCGGUGGUCCGGGGUAUCGUCAAGGCCCGCUUCGCUCAGGACAGCGCCAUCGUCGCCCACCUCCUACGCUUGCUGUUCCACGAGUGCGGCGUCAAUGGCUGCGACGGCGGGCUACUGAUCGACGGCACCGGCACAGAGAAGACGGCAAAGCCGAACCUGAGCGUGAAGGGCUACGACCUCAUUACCAACAUCAAGACGGAACUCGAGAAGCGGUGCCCUGGCGUCGUCUCCUGCUCCGACAUCGAGAUCCUCGCAACCAGGGACGCGGUCAAUGCGUCCACGGGACAGGGAUAUGCGGUGCGCACCGGGCGCAGGGACCGCCGGCGGUCCGUAGCCACUGAUGUGAACCUUCCGGGCCAAGAUUUCACGGUCCCGCAGGCAGCCGCUUUCUUCCGCACCCUCGGUCUCAGCUCGGACGACAUGGUCGUUCUGCUGGGCGCACACACGGUUGGCGUCACGCACUGCAGCAUGAUCAAGAAGAGCCGUCUUUAUAGCUACGGCGGCAAGGCCGGUGCAACGGACCCGAGCAUGGACCCGGAGCUAGCGUCCACCUAUAAGACAUAUGUGUGCCCCAACACGGCGUCCUCCGACAACAACAUCGUGUUCCUGGACGACCGGUCCAGCGCGUCCAAGCUGGACAACAGCUUCUACAAGAUGCUGCAGCGCCGCCGCGGCGCGCUCAUGGUCGACCAGAACCUCUACAACGAUGGCUCCACACGCUGGAUGGUCGACAGGCUCGCCAACACUGACCACUUCCGCUGGCUCUUCCCGCAGGCGCUCGCCAAGCUGGGGGAGGUCAACGUGCUUACCGGCACACAGGGAGAGGUCCGCAGGGUCUGCACCAAGUUCAACUGAUGAGAGAUCAUGGAUCAUCAUUUUGUGAUGAGACAUCAAGUAAUGGUGUGCCUUUUGUUGUCUUCUUUUCCGGAUUUGGUCAUCGGAUUGUUGCCAUCCUUUUUUCUUAUUGUGGUUUUGAUCGGAUUCAUCUUGAUGUACUUCAUUAUGGCCGCAUGUUCGAUUCA